CAUGUGGAAGCACAAAGUAAUUGAACGGUGUUUUGUUAUUUUUUUUUUAUUUUUAGUGAUUUACACUUAAAAAACACAUUUAAUUAUCGUUAAUUCGGCUCGAUCUUGUAAAAUAUUCGUUAAAAAUCCGUAAGUGAUCAAUCGCACCAGUAGCUGCCGUCGAAGACCCCUUGUGAUAUUGAGAAGCGAUGGAAUGCUGACCGUUAUGCUGGAUUGAUUUGUGUGUUAAUGCCGUUGUACGAAACAAGUAUAAUAAUUGAUAAUAUUACUAUCUAGAUCGCCGCUUCGGAACCUCAGAAUGCGUCAAGUAUUCCAGCUGAACGAAUUCCAAUCGAUAGAUUCGAACGGGACGGUAACGCACGAGUAUAAACAACCAUGUAUAAUACUGGAAAUGAACGCGAACGGUUUGCAUUUUUGCAUCAAACAAGACGUAAACGACACGCCAGAAAUUCGUAAAGUAUUCAGUUACUCGCUGUCGCAACUCGUGUCUUCCUGCCGAAUCGGUAACAAAGGGUUUGUUUUCAAUUUCCCCGAUAACACUUGUUACCUUGUGUAUUUCCAAGUGGCUAAAGAUUCGCAAUAUUUUAAUAAUAUCGUACAGAAGGCCAAAGAUAACGCGUCCAAGUUCAAAUCGAAAUUCUCCAACAGAACGGAAGAGUCGUCGGCUACGCAAUAUUUUCAAUUCUACGGAUAUUUAUCGCAACAACAGAACAUGUUACAAGAUUACAUUCGAACGAGUACGUACGAAAAGGCCGUUUUGUAUAACACCAAAGACUUCCAAGAUAAGGUAAUCCUAGACGUGGGUGCCGGUUCUGGUAUUCUGUCGUUUUUCUCCGCCCAAGCCGGAGCGGCCAGAGUGUACGCUGUGGAAGCGAGCUCGAUGGCCGAACACGCCGAAACGCUGGUCGGUUUCAAUUAUUUGAACGAUAAGAUAAUCGUCGUGGCUGGUAAAGUGGAAGAAAUCGAGCUACCCGAGCAAGUAGAUGUGAUUAUUAGCGAACCGAUGGGUUACAUGUUGUACAACGAACGUAUGCUAGAAACGUAUUUGCACGCUAAGAAAUGGUUGAAACGAGAUGGUAAAAUGUUUCCGACGCUGGGAGACCUGCAUGUGGCGCCUUUCACCGACGAAGCUCUAUUCAUGGAACAAACGACGAAAGCUAGUUUUUGGUUACAAACGCAUUUUCAUAAUAUCGACUUGACUCCGUUACACGACGCCGCCAUAGCCGAGUAUUUCAGACAACCUAUUGUAGAUACAUUCGAUAUAAGAAUCUGUACAGCGAAGUCGGUCCGUCAUACGGUUAAUUUUCUCGACGCCGACGAAAACGAUCUGCAUAAAAUCGAAAUCCCGCUGGAGUUCACCGUCUUACAAUCAGCCACCGUACACGGUUUAGCAUUCUGGUUCGAUGUGGCGUUUAUCGGAAGUACGCAAACGGUAUGGCUAUCGACAGCGCCCACAGAACCGCUCACACAUUGGUAUCAAGUGAGAUGCCUUCUGAAUACGCCUAUAUUUACAAAAGUCGAUCAAAAGCUGGUCGGCAAAGUGACCUUGGAAGCGAACCCGCGCCAAAGCUACGACGUAACUAUAGAUUUAAUGAUAGAAGGCUUCCCCGAUACCAGAUCGACUAAUUGUUUAGAUUUAAAAAAUCCGUACUUCCGAUACACCGGCCAAGCAACGGCGCCGCCUCCCGGUAUGAAUACAGUAUCUCCCAGCGAAGCGUACUGGAGUCAGUUGGACGCUCAAGUGAGACAGAUCUCAGAUAUGAAUACUCAGCCGGCAGCUACUUUCGAUAUAAGUCAAUGGCCAACGAACGGAGUGGCCGGAGGUCAAAUGCAGAUAACCAACGCGUUAAAUAACACCGUCAGCAUGGUAAACGGUAUAUCGUUGAACGGCUACAGCGACGUAAUCGAGGUACAGCAACCGCAGUGCGCGUCCAAUAUCGUUCCUACACCGGUCACUCUUCAACAAUCGAAUCAGACCACAUCGCAAGUGGUAACCGGUCAAAAAUCUAGACAGAGAGCUGGUCCCAUCACCGUUCCUACGUCUACCUGCGCCGCUCAGUUAAUAGGAGGAGGAGUGACUCCCAGUGUAUUCACAAAUCAAACAUCUCAACAACCUAUUAUGAUCACCGAUACUCCAGCAGCGAAUUUCACACCAGCAAGUACCAACGACGUUGUCGCAGAUUACGUCGUACAAUCCAACGAAAUGAUCACACCAAACGAGUAAUUUUUAUGCGGCCCUGGUUUUUUUUUCUUGUAUACCUUAAUCAAACAUUCCACAUGUAUUUGCAAUACAUAAAACGCUUAGUACCCUUUUUUUUCUUCUUUUUUAAAUGAACAAACAUAUUUGGUAGCUAGUCAGAAUGAAUUCAGCCCCAGAUCAUUUUUUCUUUAUCUACAUGUGAUACGAGUUAUGUAUUUUUGUUUCCUUAAUGAAAACAUCUUGUAACACCGAACCGCGCAAGAAUCCAGCACGAGGAAGCAAUCCUAUUUAUAAAUGAAAUUUCCAACUGCUUUAAUUUAUUUUUAUACGUUUUAAAUUAUUAUUCUCUGCCCCCUCCCUCCCCCCCCCAACCCACUAAUUUAAUAGUGUUACAAUUUUAUAUUAUACCUUGUUUUUAACUGAUGAAAAAGUUCGAGAAAUGUGUCCAAUGUAAUAUAUUACGUAAUUUUUAUCAUUUUUACCUACGAACAGUGAACGCUUAUUGUACAAUUUUCGGUCGACUCGAUUCGACUUAGAUGCUUAUGAUUUUGUAAUUAUUUUCCCUCCUUCUUCAAUUCUUCUUAUAUUUUUGUCUUCGACAAAUUUUUAUUUGACGAUAAUUUGUGAAAUAUUAUUCAUAGUGAUUACAAAGUAAUUUCAAAAAACUUAAUAAAAUGUUCAAUACUAA